GCUCCCGGAGCCGCAGAAUCGUGAAUACAGAGUUUAAUGAAAGAACCCAUGCUUAGGCAGUGAAAAUGGCAGGCUUCCUCGAUAAUUUCCGUUGGCCAGAAUGUGAAUGUAUCGACUGGAGUGAGAGAAGAAACGCCGUGGCUUCCGUGGUGGCAGGCAUAUUGUUUUUUACAGGUUGGUGGAUAAUGAUCGACGCCGCCGUGGUGUACCCUAAGCCAGAGCAGUUGAACCAUGCCUUCCACACGUGCGGUGUGUUCUCCACAUUGGCUUUCUUCAUGAUAAAUGCUGUGUCCAACGCUCAGGUGAGGGGGGACAGCUAUGAAAGCGGCUGUUUGGGAAGAACAGGUGCUCGAGUUUGGCUCUUCAUUGGUUUCAUGUUGAUGUUUGGGUCACUUAUUGCUUCCAUGUGGAUUCUUUUUGGUGCAUAUGUUACCCAAAAUACCGAUGUUUAUCCAGGACUAGCUGUGUUUUUUCAAAAUGCACUUAUAUUUUUUAGCACUCUGAUCUACAAAUUCGGAAGAACUGAAGAGCUGUGGACCUGAGAGCGCUUCUAGAUCACGUUUCCUUUUGUUUUAUUUGUAGAUAAGCUUUUUCUCUCCCAUCGUAAUUUACACAUUGCCAAAUGGGAUAGAUUGUACAUUACAUGUUUUGUUUCUUUAUACUUUUAUGCUCUGAGUUUUGAAAUAGUUUUAUGAAGUUUCUGUCCUUUUUUAAAAUCAUUGAAUAGAUUGUUAAUAUGUACAUAAUACAAAACUAUAUAGAUGGGGUGGUGAGUAUCAGUUUUUUAUUCCUGAAGACUUAAAGCUUGAUCUGUUACCUGAGCCAGGGCUGUAUCUUCAUGUCAUUUUAGAAGUUUUAACUGUUCUGUUUUAGUAUCUUUAAUUUCUGAAGGUGUGUGCAAAAAAAGAAAAGAAAAGAAAAGAAAAAAGCUCCGUGUAUCUGAAAUAAGCACUGAGCCAUUAACAAGGGUAUUUAAGCAAGUUGUAAUUUAUUUUGGCUUAAAAAUGAGAUUUUUUUUAAAGGAAAAAUGUUUGUUCUUAUGUAUUAAAGAAGUGGACUUUUAUAUGAAGAUUUUUAAAUGCCUGAAGGACUAGUUUGAAAGCCUCUUUUAAAAACAAUUUCUCUAACAUGACUUUAUUUGAGGAGGGAUAAUAUGUGAUCAGAUAUGCUCAGUUGUAUAUGGUUAAUGUGAAAAGGCGUUGAGGCAGCUCAGCAAAAUGCUUCUUGUAAAUGCAGCUCCAACGAUCUAAUGGGGCUCUCUUGGCAGGCUGUUAUUAUCUGACAUUACAAAAUUCAGCAUCCAGCAAGUCUGAGACAACUGCAGUUUAAAAGCAUGAACCACAUAACAAAACCUGGAAUAAUUAGUUUCAAAAUAAAGCACUUCUUCCCAAAGGGAAUUAUUAUGACCUAGUGAAAAAUUAAGCAUUUCCUCCACUUAGUUAUCAAUUCCAAUUGUCUCUCUCUGCACUAGCUCUCAAACUUUGGGUGAACUCUUCCUGCAAAAUAUAUCUUUAACCCGAAAGCCCAUAAUUCCAGCCGAAACCUUCUUUUGCUGAGUUUGAAACACUGUUUGUGCAGCGUGUGUAUUCCUACGAGAGUCGUCAAAGGGAGGGUUGGGUCACUGUUGCUACCUUUCCUUUUUUGUGAGACAGGCUUUGUGUUGCACUUUUUUCCUCCAGAGGAUUCUAUAGCACCUUUUGUUGUAAGACAGUCGCAGCAGUGGUAUGAAUAUGCAGCUUUUAAUGCAGACCUUACCCUGCUUUACCCUCUCUGCUCUCUGAGAGGA